UUCAAACUAGGAAGCAAGAUGUGGUCCACCAGCCGGCGGCGAGCCACCAACACCAUCACAAGAUGCGCGCUCCAAACCACCAAGACCACAUACCCCAAGAGCCUACGGGCUUCUGUCUCCACCCUCCACGCCAAGAUAAACAGUCCACCACCACGAAUUGUCAAGAGCCAGGGUGUCUGGCUCGAAACCCAAGAAGGUCAUCGCAUCCUGGACGGAUCUUCAGGCGCGUCUGUCGUAUCCAUCGGUCACAAUGAUCCUCGCGUCAAGAAGGCCAUCACUGCCCAGCUGGACAAAGUGGCAUACUGCUACAACCCAUUCUUCACUACCGAGGCUGCUGAAAACAUCUCUCGGUUCCUGACAGACUCGACCAAUGGCGCCAUGACCAAGGUCUUUAUCGUCAGCUCAGGCACUGAGGCUAUCGAGGCAGCCCUCAAAAUCGCACGCCAGUAUUUCACAGAGCUACCUACACCACAGCCCUCAAGGACAAAAUUCAUCGCACGCAGACAAUCUUACCACGGCAACACUCUCGGCUCCUUGGCCGCUGGUGGCCACAAGUCCCGUCGCGGCAUCUAUGAGCCCAUACUAUCCACCAGCUUCUCACAUGUGUCCCCAUGUUACCCUUACCGAGAGAUGAAGGAGGGAGAGACAGAGCAGGAAUACGUGGCUCGGCUAGCUAAGGAGUUAGAUGACGAGUUCCAGCGUGUUGGACCGGAUACGGUUUGUGCCUUUAUCGCAGAGACGGUGUCUGGAACAUCACUAGGAUGCAUGCCCGCAGUACCAGGCUACUUCAAGGCCAUGAAGGAAGUCUGUGAUCGACAUGGCGCCCUUCUCAUCCUCGACGAAGUAAUGUCCGGUAUGGGUCGUGUCGGCACCCUCCACGCCUGGGAACAAGAAGGCGUUGUUCCCGAUCUCCAAACCAUUGCCAAGGGUCUCGGUGCGGGCUACAUGCCUGUCGGCGCUUUGCUCGUUGGAAACAAGGUUGCAGACGCUUUGGAGAAGGGUUCGGGCAGCUUCAUGCACAGUCAGACUUAUCAAGGUCAUCCAGUCGCUUGUGCUGCUGCCUUUGCUGUUCAGUCCGUCGUGAAGGAGGAUAAUCUGCUCCAAAAUUGCCAGGAAAUGGGAGAGCUGUUGGGCAAGAGUCUGAAAGAAAGAAUUGGCGGACACAAGAAUGUUGGCGAUGUUCGAGGGCGUGGCCUUUACUGGGGCCUGGAAUUUGUCCGUGACAAGAAGACGAAAGAGUCGUUUCCGGUGAAGGAUGGGAUUGCCAUGAAGGUACACAAGGCUGGUCUGAGCCCCGAGUAUGGAGUCUCUCUGAUUCCGGCCACUGGAAACGUCGAUGGUGUUCAGGGAGAUAUGGUGGUCAUCUCACCUCCAUUCACCAUCACAAAGGAGGAGAUCAAGCUGUUGGUCGACAAGGUAGAAAAGGUUGUCACUUCUGUGCUAGGGGCAUAG